AUGGACAUCAGACAAUCAAUUAGAAACCAAACCCAUGUCUCAAUCACACUUGCAAACCACCUUUUAUUGAACAAAUUCCAAGACUCCAACGUUGUUUUCUCCCCGGUUUCCAUUCAUAUCGUCCUGGGCUUGGUUGCUAGCGGUUGCAAUGGCCAGACACUCUAUCAGUUGUUAGCAUUUCUUAGAACAAAUACCAUUCAUGACGUUCACGCUCUUUAUUCGCAGCUAGUCCUGUGGGUCUUUGCUGAUGGUAGCCCACAUGGCGGACCUCGUUUAGCUUUUGCAAAUGGGGCUUGGGUCGAAAAGACUAUUGUUCUUAAACCAAGUUUUAAACAAGUUGUGGAAACUAUCUAUAACUCUGCUUCAAAUCAAGUUGACUUCAAGCACAAGCCUGAUGAAGUAACGAAAGAAGUGAACUUGUGGGCCGAAAAUCAAACUGCAGGACUUAUCAAAGACAUCCUUCCUGAUGGCGCCGUUACACCAUACACAAGGAUCAUAUUUGCAAAUGCUAUCUACUUCAAAGGAAUCUGGAAUGAGAAGUUUGACCCAUCAAGAACAAAAGACUAUGACUUCCACCUCAACAAUGGUAGCAAAGUUCAAGUACCCUUCAUGAGCACCAACAAAAAACAAUUUGUACGUUCGUGUGAUGGUUUCAAAGUCUUGGGACUUCCCUAUUUACAAGGUGGAGAUAGACGUCGUUUCUCUAUGUACAUUUUCCUCCCUGAUGCAAAAGAUGGUCUCCUAUCUUUGAUAGAAAGAAUAGGUUCUGAAUCCGACUUCUUGGAACGUAACCUUCCAUUUCAGAAAGUAGAAGUUGGUCAGUUUUUGAUCCCAAAGUUUAAAAUCUCAUUUGGUUUUGAAGCUAGAGACAUGUUGAUGGAGUUAGGCCUUGUAUUGCCAUUCAUUACUGAAGGCUGCUUAAGUGAAAUGGUGGAACAAUCCGCUGAUGGUAGAAAGCUAUUUGUUUUGGACAUUUACCAUAAGUCUUUUGUGGAGGUUAAUGAAGAAGGUACAGAAGCCGCAGCAGUGUCUGCGGUUGUGAUAAUGCUACAAUGCGCCAGGAAUCCUGUCGACUUUGUUGCAGAUCAUCCGUUUUUGUUUGUGAUUAGAGAAGAUAUGAGCGAAGUGGUGCUGUUUAUGGGGCAAGUGAUCGACCCUAGUGUUGAGUGAUUCAAAA